AUGGAGGACGUCCAGCCUCAAGUCCAGGUAGACACGGUCGCAGAGGCCUCUACCGCCCGUCCCCACCCCAACAGCCGCAAGCCCAAGGACGCGGGUCCUCUGGAGCCUCUCGACGAGAUCCUCCGUCGCCGGUUGACCGUCAUCAAGGAAGGCGACAACGUCCUCCUCAAGCUCCCUAGCGACUCGAUCAAGGCUGUUGUUGCGUCCAAGGAUGGUUUAGUUCACCUGGGCAAGUUUGGCACGUUCCCGGCUAGCGAGCUGCUCGGCCUUCCUUACGACAUCGAGUACGAGAUUGCCCCCGGUCCCGAUGCGCCUUCAUCGACCAAGGCGGCCACAGCCGACCGUGAGGAGAACUGGGGCGAGUCUGGAUUUGGACAGGCAAAGAGCAAGAAGCACCAAAAGAAGAAGGGAGGCAAGGAGGGCAGCGACACUCCCAAGAACAACCCGGGGUGGCUCAACAUUUUGAGGCCGCUCAAGAGGAGACCUAUUGUCGACGCCGUCAUCGAGGAUAUCAAGGAGACCAACGAGUUCAUUGAGGACUCGGAGGACAAGGGCGCUACCCUCCUGUCGCAGGAGGAGAUCGAGGAGCUCCGCGCCCAGGGUGUGUCUGCAGAGGAGAUGAUCCAGAGGCAGAUGUCCCGUCACGACCAGUUUGAGCUUAAGACGGACUUCAGUAAGGAGAAGUGGCGCAAGAGGAAGGAGAGGAAGUACCUCCAGACUGUGCAGCCCAUGGCUCCCUCGUCGAUCAACAUUGUCAACCACUACGCUGUGCGGUCACCCCAGUCGAUUCUGUACCUCCGCGAAGACACUCUGUCUCAGCUCCUCAACCUCGCCAACAUUCGCCCCGGCGGUCGCUACCUCGUGGUGGACGACACUGGCGGUCUUGUCACCGCUGCCAUCGCAGACCGCAUGGGCUGUGAGGGCCGUAUCCUCCUCUUCAACGAUGCCGACUCGCCACCUGCAUGGGGUGUGCUCAACGUCAUGAACUUUGGCGAACGCGAGCUCUCGUUCAUCAAGUGGCUUAACUGGAUGGAGGCUGAGGAGGACUACUCGAGGCCUGGCCCCCCUGCCGAGGACGAUAUGCCCUCUAUUUCGGCCAACAAGUCCAUGGCCCGUAUGCGCAGGCAUAACGCUCAGGUUGCGGAGCUGAACGCUACCCGCAACGAGCUGCAUUCUGGCGGCUGGGACAGUAUCAUCCUUGCGACCGAAAUGUCGCCCCUCUCUGUCAUCCACCGCCUGACAAAGUACCUUGCGGGCUCGGGCACAUUGGUCGCCUACUCGCCCUACCAGCAGGUUCUGGCGGAGGCGCUCCAGUACACCCGUCGCGACCCCAACUUCCUCGCCACGGCCCUCACCGAGUCGUGGACACGUACCUACCAGGUUCUUCCUGGUCGUACUCACCCGACGAUGACGACAAGCGCGAUGGGCGGCUACCUGUUACACGCUACCCGAGUGUUCCCUUCCACGUUUGUCCCCGAAUCGCACCAGAGGCACAACAACAAGAGGAGGAAAAAGAACACUGGAGACGCCGCUGUGGAGGCUGCGGGCGACGAGGAGUAG